AUGUCCGAACUCAAUGUGGUGUUAUGCAGGUACCCGGUAAUACAGCCAGACACGAAGCACACCAAGCUUAAGGUGUCCCAGGAGGGUCUGAACGUGAUACGAAGCAUCAAGAAUCCGAUCGCCAUUGUAGCGGUGAUUGGACCAUACCGAUCAGGCAAAUCGUUUCUGCUCAACCAACUGCUUACACUCACGUGCGAUGAAGGGUUCGGGGUGGGUCAUGCACGCGACACCAAGACCAAAGGCAUAUGGGUGUGGGGCGACCCCAUGGAGAUGCAGGUGAACGGGCAGACCACGUCGGUGCUCUUCCUGGACACCGAGGGCUUUGAGAGCGUCGGCAAGUCGUCCGUGUAUGAUGACAGAAUAUUCGCCCUGGCCACGGUGCUCAGCUCAGUGCUCAUAUACAACCUUGCAGAGACGGUGAAGGAGGCGGAUAUAGCCAAGCUGUCCUUUGCUGUUGAACUCGCAGAGGAGUUUUACGGCAGAGUAAAGGGUCGAGAUGAGGUGUUCACACCAGCGAAGCUCCUAUGGCUCAUCCAACGAGACUUCCUAGAGGGCAAGACAGUGCAGGAGAUGGUGCGAGGGGCACUGCAACCCGUGCCAAACCCAGAGGGGGACAAGGACGUGGAGCAGGUGAACCUAAUCCGCCAGUCACUCAACCUCAUGGCCGCCAACAGCACCGCGUUUGGGCUGACUCAGCCGCACCUCGCAAGAACACAUCUGUGUGAGCUAUCAGAUGAGGAGCUAGACCCCAAGUACGUGCGCCAGCGCAACCAGCUGCGGCAGCUGGUGGCGUCGCUGGUGCAGCCCAAGAUCGUUUCAGGCAGGCCGGUCACCGGGGAGGAGUUUGCAGAUCUCCUGGAAAAGACUCUGAACGCCCUCAACAAGGGCCACAUUCCAACAGCCGGCUCAGUCGUCGAUGCAUUCAACCGCGCAGUGCAAGACAAGUGCCUCGUGCUCUACCACGACGCCAUGAGCCGCCUGCUGCCCUUCCUGCCAGCAGAGGAGGCGACGCUUGUAGCAGCUCAUCGCAACGCCAGUGGCGACGCCGUGGCGGCGUUUGAGAGGGAGCGGUUUGGCGGGAAGAGCGUGGAGGAUGCUGUUCGGCCCCUGAAGGACGAGCUGCGCGAGGAGCUGGUGAAGCUGAAGCGGGAGAACGAGUUUGCGUCAGCCAAGGCGUGUGAGGGCGCGCACAGGGGGUGUGAGGAGGAGUUAGACGCUCUAGCCAACAUGCGCCUGCCCUCGGUGGCCAAGUUUGAUGCGCGCCUGGAAGCAUGCAACCACACUGUCGAACAUGCUUGCCGCGGCCCGAGUAAAUCCGCCUACCGAGACCGGUUGAAGAAGACCUGGACUCGGGAGCGGUCCCAGUUCCUAAAGGAGUACAACCAGCGGCUCUUCAACUGGCUGGUCAUCGGCUCGCUCGUGCUCGUAGUCAUCGGCCGCUUCGUGGUGAAGUGGGUCGUCGUGGAGGUGCUCGCCUGGGCGCUCUUUGUGUUCCUGGAGACCUACACGCGCAUCUUCUGGUCCUUUGACUCACUCUACCUCAACCCCGCCUGGCGCACCUUUGUCAACGUCUGGGAGGCCGUCGUAUACAACCCCUUUAUCGACCUCGAUUUGUGGUCUGUGCCGCUGCUGUGGGUGUUGCUCAUCCUCGUCAUCAUGUGCCGCUGCUACCGCUGUCGCAAGCGACCGCACACUCCGCUCCUUCCCACACACCACGACACCUUGCACACGCGUAGAUCAGAGUAA